AUGGAGGGACCACAACUCGACGAACUUAAGGAGCUUGUGAAGGGUUCUUUGCAACAGAACGGAGUACUUGCAAGCCUGAAAGCACAGCUGAGGGCUGCUGUCUUCAAGGUGGUGAACGAUGAAGCCGGAUCGUCGAGAUCCAAGAGCUCUGCGAUUAUGGAGUCGACUGAAGGGGCCCUGGCCGUCGACCUCAUUCGUGAAUUCAUGGAGUUUUACGAGCUUCACAGCACCAUCUCUGUGCUCCUCCCAGAGGCUUCGCUGGAAGUUGAUUAUCCCGGACGAUCUCCGCUCGCCGUGCGACUAGGGCUGGAGGAAAGCAGCAAAGAGCCGCUCUUGAUUCAAAUGUUGAGGUCAUUCAUGACUGCGGGUUCCAACAAGGCGCAUCCAUCAGCUCCCGAGACAAGGCGAUCGCUGGAUGGACACCAAAAGGAAGAUAAUCAUAAACAAAGUUCACCUGUGAAGGAGAACAAACCUUCCGACGGCAACUUUUCGUCCUCCCCUCCGACCUUGAGCCCUCAUCGCGAUGGCAACGAUCGCGAUUCCAAGUUCUCUUUCGGAGCAGAAAAGAAAUCUCAACCCACUAGAAACUUGGAUCCCCCCAAGUCUCGCAACGACUUGUCUCCCCUCAGCGACCUCCCUCCUCUCCCUGGCAUGAAACCGAACAAGCAUGUCUUCUCGUUCCCUUCUUCCCGAGGCGUUCAGGAGCUCGAGGAGGUCGCCAAGCUUAGCCCCCCGGAGUUCCCAAGAAGCGACAAGGCGACCAGUGACGCGACGCACAGCGGAGAAAAGGAGGAGGAGGAGGAGGAGUACAACUCCCUGACCAGCACGACCCGACGACUUUAUCCCAAGAAGGAUGACAACGUCGACUUGGAACGAGGCAAAUCGCCUGCUGCGUCAGAAAACGUUUCUCCGAAAGCCACGAACGGCAACAGCGACUAUGACGUGGUCGAGGAGGACAUCGAAGUCCAGGAGAGUGACGGGGAAGUCUCGCCAGCCUGGGGCUUGAAACCUCAGCAGCAGGAAGUGAGCCUGAGCGAGUCUUGCACUGAAGUCUCCAUGUCCGACCGAAGUGUGGAGGGCAGCAUGACGCUCGACGCCUACGACCACAUCGAGUCUCUAGCGCGGUAG